AUGGCUACAUCCGACAAUUCUGAAGUUUCUAACUGUGAGUCCCUCAACGAUUCUUUGAUUUUCGAUGACUACAACAACAACAGUCCCAAAUCGCCAGCUUCCGAGAACGAUAUCUCCAUUGACCAAAUGAGCAUUAUUGUGGCACCUGUAUUUGAAGCUCAGAAUGUGAACUCAGAGCUGGAGAAAAUCAUCGAAUCUCAUGAGAGAUUUGGCCUGGUUGACUUGAAGAACAAGAAGAUCAGUUUUGGUGAGAAUCACACUAAACUUUUUGAUGGAGAAGCGGUUCUUGACCGAAACCCUCCCGACGGCUGUGUCAAUAAUCAUUCUUCUUCUCCUUCUUGCGGACCACAGGUACCUGUCAAGAAUUUGAAAUCCAUUUUAAGCGAUAGAAUCACGGAAAAGUCGGGGAAUGUCAUUUAUCCACCGGUCAAAAGUACUUCCUGGGAAGAAGAUAUCCCCAUAACAAACCCAGUUCUCAUUGAGGCCUUGAUUAGAUGUUUCAAUUUUUGUGGUAUGUCUUUCAAGGAUUUUGAUGACUCGGAUCUUCUUCUCACAGUCCAAAAAUUGAGUUUUGGCAUCGGAACCGCUCUAAAGGCAAAAGAAAUCUGCUACAAGGAGCUUGAAAAAGUUGAGUACGGAAAGAUGACUUCCAGGAUUAAUGAAUUGGAAAUGCAUCUUCUAGUUCUGGAUGAAGAGAACGACGAGUUAGAAGAAAGAGUAACGACGCUAGAAGCAGAAAACGCAGAAAACAAGCUUCGCGUUGCUUACAUGGAAGAAGAGAUUGAAAGGUUGCAGAAAGAAGGAAAAGAUUUCGAAAAACUGAGAUCCGACUAUUCCGAGAUCACUGAACAAAAUGUAGCCAUGAAUGAAAGGAUUAAUGUUCUGGUCGAUAUAGAAUUGAGUGCAAGGGAGAAUCUUGAAAAAAACAAAAUUCAGAAUAAGCUUCUCAUGGACGAUUGUCAAGAGCUCAAAAAGAGUAACGACAUUUAUAAAAUCCAUGUCAAUUCGCUCGAACACGAAAAUGAGACUUUACAAAACUUUUACAUGAAGGCCGAGAAGGAGAAUAAGACAAUCAAAACCAAGUUUGAGCAAAAGGCAAAACACACAGAAAGGCAAAUGGCUAAACUGGAAAGCUUUAACAAAGUGUCACAACAAGAAGUUCUCAACUACAGUGCUGAAAAUAAUAUGCUGAAGUUUCAUUUGGAACAAUCGCAACAGACUAUGGAACUUCUUCAAUUAGAAAAUAAUAAUUUGAAAUCCCAUUAUCAAAAUUACAACGAGCACAUUGAGAUGAUGAACGAUGACGUACUUCGAAAGGAGAAAGCAUACCGCGAAAAUUUGGACCACAUGAAGGCCAAAUAUAAAGAAAUGGCGGGCUUAAACAGAGAUCUGAAAGCGUUGGAAGAAGCGUUGCGAUUCGAGUUAAGGCGUGCGGUUUUUAAGUAUUGUGACAAGGAAGAAACGAUCAAAAAACUCAACAAUGACCUUGAAAUUGCGAAAAAAGCAUUACGACAAACUAGACUCUCUCUAAGUUCCCAACUAAACCCCAAAUUUCAUAGGAAGAAGAAGAGCAAAUCCAAGCCACGACAUGAUGAUACGCUCUCAUCACCGGUAGUUCUGAAAUGA